AUGUUGAAGUCCUCAAUUCUUUUGCUGUGCCUCUUGGUGACAUGUGUGACGACUAGCUCAGUUUCGCUAAAUCAGCGUUACGAAGGGGACGAAGAAUCGCCGGAUGCUUCUAAAAAGAGUGUACAAAAAAGAGCUAUAGCUGACCUCAUUACUAAUGCUGUCAAAGUUUCUCCCCUGUUCAGUGCCAUCUUUGGAGGAGGUGCCUUCAUCUACGGGAUAGUCAACGGUCAACAACAACUCGCACAACUCAAGGAAAUAAACCAGAAACUGGAUAAGCUUCAGGAGUCCGUGGAUGAGCUGAGUGUGCGAGUAAAGUCGCUGCAGGUUGGCCAGGAGUGGAACGAAGGAGCAGUUCUCUACACAAACGAUGUGCAAAGACUUAGAUUCCUUUUGCACCAAAUGCAUUGGAAUGUGGUGUAUUGUACUUCAGGUGCAAAUCUAGUCCUAAUGACGACAGAUGAAGCUAAAGAAUGGGCUGAUGCUGUCCUCGACAAUGGACCUGAUGGUCUUGAGCAGGUUCUCUUCAGUCUGCAUGAUCUGGUGAUGGGAACUGGUCGACUGUUUGGAAGGAGAUCUUUGAUCUCCGUUUACAAAGACCAGCUUGUAUUCCCUAGCAUCAACAAUCCCGGAUCUUUCACCCAAGAUAUGGAAGACUUUGUGCAGUACAUAAUGGCUUUGGAAUCAGCAGGUUAUGCAGCAAUAAGUACUGCAAUGAACAUUAACGGUGAGGGAAAUAAUGUUGCUAACUUUAUCGAUAAUAUAGCUAAACCAAGGAUGGAACAGCAAUGGACCAAAAUAUCUGAAAUAACUGGAGUCCCAGCAUCCUGGAGAAAAGUUUCGCAAAUGACGCCACCAUUCCACAUUGCUGCUGAUGGAUAUGGCGAUCUUGGAGCCAGAUUUGUUGAUCUAAAUGGUGAUGGAAAGAUCGACAUGGUUUACCAUCGAUUUAUCAAUGGACAUCACCAACAAAAAGGUGCAUAUCUGAACAAUGGGAAUGGCUGGACAUGGGCACCACAGUACAUACCACCAUUCCACAUUGCUGCUGAUGGAUAUGGUGACCUUUCAGCCAGAUUUGUAGAUCUAAAUGGUGAUGGAAAGAUCGACAUGGUUUACCAUCGAUAUAUCAAUGGACAUCACCAACAAAAAGGUGCAUAUCUGAACAAUGGAAAUGGCUGGACAUGGGCACCACAGUACAUACCACCAUUCCACAUUGCUGCAGAUGGAUAUGGUGACCUUUCAGCCAGAUUUGUAGAUCUAAAUGGUGAUGGAAAGAUCGACAUGGUUUACCAUCGAUAUAUCAAUGGACAUCACCAACAAAAAGGUGCAUAUCUGAACAAUGGAAAUGGCUGGACAUGGGCACCACAGUACAUACCACCAUUCCACAUUGCUGCAGAUGGAUAUGGUGACCUUUCAGCCAGAUUUGUUGAUCUAAAUGGCGAUGGAAAGAUCGACAUGGUUUACCAUCGAUAUAUCAAUGGACAUCACCAACAAAAAGGUGCAUAUCUGAACAAUGGAAAUGGCUGGACAUGGGCACCACAGUACAUACCACCAUUCCACAUUGCUGCAGAUGGGUAUGGUGACCUUUCCGCCAGAUUUGUUGAUCUAAAUGGUGAUGGAAAGAUCGACAUGGUUUACCAUCGAUAUAUCAAUGGACAUCAUCAACAAAAAGGUGCAUAUCUGAGCAAUGGAAAUGGCUGGACAUCGGCACCACAGUACAUACCACCAUUCCACAUUGCUGCAGAUGGAUAUGGUGACCUUUCAGCCAGAUUUAUUGAUCUAAAUGGUGAUGGAAAGAUCGACAUGAUUUAUCAUCGAUAUAUCAAUGGACAUCACCAACAAAAAGGUGCAUAUCUGAACAAUGGAAAUGGCUGGACAUGGGCACCACAGUACAUACCACCAUUCCACAUUGCUGCAGAUGGAUAUGGUGACCUUUCAGCCAGAUUUGUUGAUCUAAAUGGUGAUGGAAAGAUCGACAUGGUUUACCAUCGAUAUAUCAAUGGACAUCACCAACAAAAAGGUGCAUAUCUGAACAAUGGAAAUGGCUGGACAUCGGCACCACAGUACAUACCACCAUUCCACAUUGCUGCAGAUGGAUAUGGUGACCUUUCAGUUAGAUUUGUUGAUCUAAAUGGUGAUGGAAGGAUCGACAUGGUUUACCAUCGAUAUAUCAAUGGACAUCACCAACAAAAAGGUGCAUAUCUGAACCUUGAUUUUUUCGGUGAUCACACGCAAUCGUUCUCAUACGUAUCUGACACCAAAUUUGAAACUUGUUAAAGAAACAGUCAAUAUUGUAGUACCAAUUCUUUGGGGGACAGUUCUUACUUAUUAGCAAGAGGCAGCAGAUAAAUGUACUGUUGCUUGUUGCAUGUAUGUAGUCUCACACUUCUCUCAAGUUUUAGUAUUAUGAACAGGGAAUAUCGACAGUAGACAAACACUCGUUAAUCGAUAUUGUGAUAAUAAUUUCAAUUUUAUUGUUAUCUUCUUCUGCAUUCAAAAAUAAUCGAGUCUUUGUCAA